CUAAUACCUCAUUUGUUUCAACAUUAGAACGUACGUCCCAAUUGAAUCAAGUAUUCUUAUCAAUCUUAAGUUCCUUUGGAAACCUGAAAGCUGUUUUAUGGACAGUGCCACAGACACCAAUGCUGAUUUGCUGA